GUCCGCUCUCGCACAGCCAGUCAACGGCAGCCACCGUGUCUCACAGUAAACGAAGCCCUUUACCGAACGGCGAUUAAUGCCCUGAUUCCGAUGUAAAGAUGGCCUCUGCUCAGCCUGCAAGUCCACCUCUUGCUGCGGAGUACACCCCUCCUGUGCAGGAUGAAGAGGGCCAAGAGGAAGAGGUGGAGAGGGAUCAGCCUGCAAAAAAACGUGGCAGAGGCAGGCCUCCGAAAGCCAAACCCCUUUUCAAAUGCACUGCAUGCACAGAGGCCUUUAAGAGUCUGUCAGCUCUGCAGAGCCACAAGCAGUCGGCACAUGUGAAGGAACGGCAGCAGCACCCAUGUCCCGAGUGUGCCAAAACAUUCUCGAGCAAGGCUCAGCUCUCAAAGCACGAGCGCACUCACUCAGCCCAGCGCCCCUUCCAGUGUCCCAGCUGUCACAAAGCUUACAAGACGCCCACAGAGCUGCGUAACCACAGCCGCUCUCACACUGGGGAGAAACCUUUUGUAUGCACAGAAUGUGGCAAGGCCUUCAUGCAGGCGAUAUGCCUCAGGAUCCAUAUGACACAGCACAGUGGAGAGCGCCCGUACUCCUGCCGUCAGUGCUCUAAGAGCUACCCAACCCUGUCCAAACUGAAGGUGCACAUGCGCUCUCACACGGGAGAGAAGCCAUACUUGUGUGCCGAGUGUGGGAAGAGCUUUGCUGACCCCUCAGUGUUCCGAAAGCACAGAAGGAACCACCAGGGCCAUCGACCGUAUGCUUGUGACGAAUGCGGCAAAACAUACACUGAGCUGAAGGACCUCAAAAACCACGAGCGUUCCCACACUGGGGAAAAACCCUACCUGUGUUCGGACUGCGGCAAGGCCUUCUCCCGCUCCUCCUCCCUGGCCUGCCAUCAGCGCAUCCACUCGCAGAAUAAACCCUAUAAGUGCGAGCAAUGCACUAAAGGCUUCACCCAGCUUUCUUCCUAUCAGUCCCAUCUCCGCACUCACUCUGGUGAGAAGCCGUUUCUCUGCCCACAGUGCGGCAAGAUGUUUUCAGACCCCUCCAGCUUCCGUCGGCACCAGCGAGCCCACAUGGGAUUCAAGCCCUACCCCUGCGAUAAAUGCUCCAAGAGGUUCCGGCAGCCGGCCGACCUGGCCGUACACGAGCGCGUUCACUCUGGAGAGCGCCCGUACAAAUGCCAGAGCUGCGACAAGGCCUUCGUAGCUUCCUGGGAUCUGCGGCGCCACAUGCUCGUCCACACAGGUCUGAAGCCAUUUAUGUGCACAGAGUGCGACAAGUCAUUUGCUGAGCGCUCCAGCCUCAACAAGCACCGGCGUGUGCACUCUGGAGAGAGGCCUUUCAAAUGCGAGGAGUGUUUGAAGUCAUUUGUGGUGUCCUCAAGCCUGCGCAAACACGAAAGAACUCACCUCGCUGAGCAGUCUGAGCAACAGCAGCAGCAGCAGGAGACAGAGGCUGGGUCACCCUCAGGCUUCACUGCCCACACAACUCUCCCUCAGUUCUCUUGUACUCACUGUGAUGCUACAUUUGGUACCUGGGAAGAAGUUCAGACCCAUGAAAACCUUCACCCCAUUGACUCUACCCAGUCCGUUGCCAAAAUCGUGUCGCUGGGCUCGCACAUCUGUAAAACCUGCCACGAGGAGUUUGCACAGCUUGCAGACUUGCAGGAGCACGAAAAGCAGCAUCCCAAGCCGAGGCCGCACGUCUGCGACAGCUGCGGCAAGGGUUUCCUCAACAAAUCGGGACUGCGCAAGCACCAGAAGAUCCACUCCAACAGCAAACCCCACAGCUGUCCCCACUGCGGCAAAGCCUUCCUGUUCGCCGCGUACCUUCGCAAGCACUUACGGACUCACGCGGACGCCGCACCGGUUGCCACGCAGCUCGCCGACAUAAACAUCAUUCACACAGACCCCCUGCCUUCUCCUCCGACCCCCAGUGAGGUUUCUCCCUCGUCGGUCGAGCCCGGCACCAUGUCACUGACUGUCCCGACCGUGACUGUCCCCGUCACCACUUUCCAGUCUCUUCGAGAGUACUUAGUCAAAGAAGAGGGGAUUUAAGCUUCUCUGUCAUUUUAAUUCCACACAUAUUUACCCCGUGGCCUUAAAGCUGUUUUUUAGAUGGGUCUGACUUUUCAAAAUAACUUCCUUAAGAAACAUCAAAAACGCAUUAUCCUUAUGUAAACGGUCGACAUUUGGUCUUUGUUUUGUAUUGCUGCAGUAUUUUUAAAAACAGUUAUGUGUAUUAUAUGUUAAUGUAUUAAAAUAUACAGUAUACUGUACUAUAAGUACCUUACUAUAAAAUUGUCGUAUCUGUUGUAAUCUCGUCAUAAAAAUCCACCAUAAAGAAAACAAACGAAACCAACAAUUAAAUCCUUGGCUUUAUGGCCGACAUGUUUUUAUAAAACAUUUUUAAAUGUUUUUUUGAAUCUCUUUUGUCUGAACAAUUUGUAACUGCUUCACUGUGUCGCUAAAACAACUUGUCAAGCUGCAAAAGGUCGCUGGCAUUCAGAAAUGCCAAGAGGAAUCACAUUUUUAUGCCAAUAAAAACGUGUGUGCAACAAUCAGUAAUAAUCGGA